UUAUUUACAUCCGGUGUUGUGCGCAAGACAGGAAAUGGAACCUUGAAAAUAGCUUUCUUGACGACAAUUUUAAUUUCUUGAAUGACAGUCAGACUGGUUACAAUAUAUUACAUAGUGAUAUGAGAGAAAAAAGUUACUGCGCAGCGACCAGUUGUUGAGAUAUACUGAUCUAGUAACUGUCAUUGAAACAGAGAGUAUCAGCAAUGAGUAUUACAUACUGAUGAUGUGCAAGUUGAACCAGUACUGGCAAUAGACAGACAGCAGGUUUAAACAGACGACAGAUAUGGACAUGAUUCCAGUGAGAGACCCUGGAGGGGGCAAGCUAAACCAUGAUGCUGCAGUGGAGCAGAAGGCGGCACAGCAAAGGAGGAUGGUGUCACGUUGGGACCGUGACAGUUUAGAGGACAAAUACCUCCGCAUGUAUGAGGAAAACCUCAUCCUCAAGAAACAUGCUCGCAAACAGGAAGACAAGAUUAAGAGGAUGGCCACUAAACUGCUGCGAUUAGUUAAUGACAAAAAGAAAACCAAUGAAGUGGAUGGAGGGGAACCAAGAGGUAAGAAAGUGAAAGAUGUGGAAAUGGAGGAAAAGGUUGAAGAACUGUCUGAGAAAAUCCGUAGCUUGGACAAGCAAAAUUUACAGCUAAAGGAAAAGUUGAUGUUGUCCAAACAGCAAUUAGCCACUAACAAAAGGACUACACCCUACAACCAUGUAGGCUCAAGAAUUAGCACAGGAAUAGCUCGUACGCAGCCUCAGCCCGACUCAAGACUGGCCAAGAACAUGAGAGUGACCGGCCCAAUGGACUCACCACAAGGGAGGAUGACAGGCAGUCCCACUCAGCCAAGGUAUGGCCACAGUUUACUGGAAAAUGCCAGGGCUGACCUACAUCACAAGGAUGACCAUAUUGCACAGCUACAAGAACAAAUGGAAAUGUACGAGAUGGAGGUGGAAAACAUGAGACAGCAACUGAGGCUGAAGGAAGCAGAGCAUGAAGAAGACCUGGUAAAGAUAAAACAGCAGAUUACAGCAGAACAACGAGUGACUGUCCAAGAAAACAUAGACCUGAUACGUUUACAGCGAGAAGUGAAAGAGAAGUCCACGAAAUUUUUUACUCUACAGGAAAAAUAUGUUCUUCUUGAACAGAACAUGCAGACAAUGAAGCACAGCCAUGACAGCAUGCUGAUGGAGAUGGAGCGACUCAACAUGCAGGUCAAUGAGGAGCAGAACCGAGUACUUACACUUCAGAACGAACUCAAGUUUGGUACAACUAACAACAGCAAGCUUAUAGAGUUGAAUGAACAGAUCAUGAGUCUGGAAAAGGAAACCCAGAUCCUUAAGGAGGCUAACGAGAAGUUUGUGAACAGUGCUUUUGACCUGGACAGAGAAAGAGAAUGGCGACAGAGGGAAAAUGCCCUCAAAGUCCAAAUAGCCCAACUGGAGGCCACACUGAAGGCCGACCUCGGGGAGAAGGGUGGAAUUCUCGACCAGUUGGCUAGUGAGAAAGACCAACAUGAGAGGCUCCAGGCCACAUUCAGACAGGUGCAGGUAGAGCACUAUCAGCAGAAGGAGGAAUAUGAUGAUCUCAAACAGAAGAUGAAAUUUUUCACCAAGGAAAGUGCCAUAGACUUCACAGAGAUAGAGGAAGCCCUAGUCCUUGUCAAACAAAGGAGGCAGCAAGAACUUCCAGAACCUGACUUUCUACAGAAGGUGGACAACGAAAAGGACAAAGAUGUGAGUCGUUCCCUGGUGAUUUUGCAGGCUGAUUAUGCAGAGACAAUCCAUGAGUUGGAGAAAACACGAAACAUGUUGGUGAUACAACACAAAAUCAACAAGGACUACCAGCAGGAGGUUGAAAUUGCUACCAACAGACUUGAAGAAGUGCGCAAGGAGUAUGAGAUGAAGUUAGACGAAUACGCUCGAUUACUAGACAUCAGGGCUGCUAGAAUCAAGAAACUUGAAGUACAAUUACGAGAUGUUGCUUAUGGAACCAAACAGUUCAAGAUAGCUCCACCUGUUGAUGAGGAGGACGCCAUUGCAGACUUUGAUGAGACCAUUCACUUAGAACGUGGACAGAAUCUAUUUGAAAUACACGUUCAGAAGGUGUGUCUGUCUGACGAGGGUGUCAAACAAAUUGGUGAUGAUGAACCAUCUGUCUUUUGCACCUGGGAAUUCUUUGAGUUUGAGAUUCAGAGUACUCCAGUACUCAAAGGGUCAAGGCCUGAGUUCGACUUUACAUCGCAGUAUAUCGUAAAGGUUGAUGACUUCUUCUUACACUUUUUACAAAAGGAUUCCUGUACGUUAGAACUUCACCAAUCCUUCGGUCAGGACUACAGGACAAUAGCAGCCUGUCAGCUGGUCUUCAAGGAGAUUUUCAACAAGACUCACGGAAGGAUUCAUGGAACUGCCACUCUUACAGGUGUCGACAGCAGUGGUGGAGCAGGUAUUGGUUUUGGAAGUGUGGAGUACUGGAUACGUCUCCGUGUGCCUAUGGACCAGGCUCUCCGUUUGUACAAGGAGCGAACCAAAGCCCUGGGAUAUGUAACUUCAAAUGAGAAGGCUGCGACAGAAGCCUUACAAGCACUCGAUGAGACAGCUGCCAAGAGACCAGCAGACAAUGUGAACGAACUUCAUGUGAAAAUCCUACGAUGUUCCGACAUCAAACCUCGGCGAGACAAUGUCCAGCCAUCGCCAUAUUGUAUCUACCAAUUCUUCGAUUUCAACGACCACGACACUGUGAUUCUUGCGAGCACAAACAACCCAGAGUACAAUGAUCACAUGACCUACCCUGUACCAAUGACGAAGGAGCUGGACCACUACCUAAAAACCUUUCAACUGAAGGUGUUCGUCUUUGAUGAUACUGACCCUGAGCAGACGGCAUACUUAGGGAUUGCAGAUGUUCCCCUUAUUCCCUUAGCACAUAAUAAGUCCAUCCAAGGCAUCUUUGAGCUGAAGGGAGCCAACAGCAAGAUUAACGGAACGGUAGAAAUGGAGCUAAGAUGGCAGUAUACAUACAUCAUGUCUAAGGGUGUCCGCAUACAGGACCCACCUGUGAUGGAGGAGGUUGCACCACCAUAUGCUCCACCACAUCAGGAUCAGUCAGACUCGGAUAGACAGUCUGUCGCAGAAUCAGAUAUCACGCCAGUCAAACAGAGGUCUAGGGUAGCAGCCAAGUUCCCGGAACCCUCUGCAACCUCCACCCCUAUGCCAGCACCACCAGAGAGCCGGGAGGGAGAGCCUGCCAAGAAAAUUCCAAAGCGUCGGCUCCAUGCAGAACCCAGUCAGGAGCCAUCACUUGUCAAUGAUGCUGUGAAAGGGGUGAUUUCUGAUAUUAUGCCAUCAAGUAUGUCAGAUUCAAUGACAGAAACCCUGCCAGCUCAACCAAGCAUUCAUAUGCCAGAUAACCAGACCCCUUCUAGAGAAAUGAUAGUGGAGGCGCCCCAUGAGGAUGAGGAGGAGGAGGAUGAAGUUGUAGAGGAAGAGAUUAUUGAGGAGGAGAUGAUUGAAUCAGAUGAGGAGAGUGACACAGCCAGUGGUGUUAAACCUCCUCAAAGCCUAAUGGCUGAUGUUAAUGGAGAGGUCAAAGGGUUGCAGAAGGGUAAAAAGCCGAUCCCUAAGGCUAGGAAAACAAUUUUGACGGAUACAAAAGAAGAGAUUUUAAGUCCAAAGGAAGAAUCCAAGAUGUCGGACACCAUGUUUGAAGAGGAGCAUACUGAGGAGAUUUCUGAGGAUAUAACGGAGGGCAGUCCCUCGGGUACCCUCCAGUUCACUACAGAACCCACGCCCAUCACAGAGGAAAGCAGUCACGAGUCAGAUACUCCUCAUGUCAUGGAGUCAGACAGCGAAGGCGUAAUCAUGGCACCCAAACCGACCAAGCGCAGCCAAAAAAAGGCUGCAGCAAAGAAGGGUAACUUUGUGACUAUCACAAUCUCACACUUAUCACUGGAGGAAGGUGCUAAUGUUCUACACAGGGACAACAUUCGCCAGCUCUUCGUGGCCUACAAUUUCCUAGGCAUCGAACCACAGGAGCUGGAAACACCCUUCUCCCUCCCCAAACCAAAGCCUGGACAACAGAUUGCUUUCAACUUUAGCAAGACUUUCCAAGUGGAUAUAGAGAAGAACUACACAAGAAGACAGUUUCUGGCCAGCAUGUUACUACCAGAUGAUCCUGAGCAGGGCCGGAUUCGGUUUACCAUUGUGAGUGAGCCCCCUGAUGAAGACAUGGAGGGAGACUGCGAGGAUGUGGGCGUGGCCUGGGUCAGCAUAAAAACCAUCCUCAUGAAGAGGGAGAACAUCAUAGAGCAAGAUGUGGAAGUGUUAGAUGUCAAGAAUGAGAAGAAUGUGAUCGGCAGUCUGAAUCUGUCGGUGGAUUGCUUGGCAGCCCUUCAAGCUGUUGAGAACGAAAUGCAAGUGGACGGCACAUAUUAGAUAUCUUCGUACUAGACUUAAAACAGCAGGAAAUAAAAACACAUACUGAAAGUUGACCAGCAAGGAAUAGAAACACAUACUAGACAUUUGUCAGCUGGAAAUCAGACACAAACUUAAUACAUUUUGGAAUACCAAAGAGUGCUAUCAUGACUCCAAAGCAUUUCAUUGCUGCUCUUUUUAAAUUAAUAAUCUUUGAUAAGAUUCUUAAUUAUUACAUUACUGGUAUCUAUGAAGUAGAUAUCAGUAAAAGAACAUCUUAACUAUGUUGUCUACAAGAACGUUGUGCAAAAUGAAACAGUUAGUUCAGUCUGGUUGUUAGUAUAUAAUCUAAAGUGUAUGACGUCGUCACACAGUUGUCUGCCCUUACUUUACCUCCUGUAACUUAAUGUGAUUGUACAAUUAUAUAUAAGGAACUUUAUUUCAGUACCGGUAAUACAGCUAUCUGAUCUCAGGAGUCCUCGGUUUGUUGAGGGAUACCACCCAAAGAAUUUAACUAAUAAUUUACAUAGAACAGACAGGAAACCCAACCAUGAAUAACAGGGACUUAUUUUGGAGUUCUAGGGUCAGGUUGAUGUUUUAACUUAACAGCCCUCGCUUGCAUUUCCAAAUUAUCUGUGAUAAGUGUUUGAGUGUAUUAUUGUUAUAUGGAUGUGAAGCGUGAUCUGUACAUAGUUCUUAAUUAUUGGUUGGAGUACCGAUCUGUAAAUAGUUAUUUUACCAGUCCUUAAACUUCGUCAAAGUCUAGCAUCUAAAUUGAUUAGUAUGAAACAGAAUAAAUUGACUUCCGUCCAUAUGUAUAUAUUUUAUGAACAUUAUUUAUUGCCCAACGUGUCAGCAUCCUAUUUUUUGCCUUAGAAUGACUUUCCAUCUUUCUCAAAAUCUAUUAUGAGGACAUUUUUAAUUUUUACCAUUGUAACAGGGGUAUUUUGUCUCCAUUUGAUUGUAAAUAUGAUGCUCUACUAAUUAGCUGUAUUUUUACUCAACAUUUACAAAUCAUGUCAAUUUUUCAUUAAUAAAAAAAAUAGAAAACUAAAUUAUUUAUAAAAUAAAGGUACCCAUUUUUAUUCAUUCAUUCAUUCAUAUGUAUUUUAAAGUUAUGCUAUGAUAGUUCUUCUCAAUUUAGCCAUUUUUCAAAGAAUGAAUCUACAUUUUGUACUUAUUAGGUGAAAUACGCUGUGUAGAGUAGGCCAUGUCCCUUGAUAAUAAGGAAUCACAUGUCAGGUUUUUUAUUUGAUACCUUUGACUAGCAAUUUAGGUAUUCAACUGAAUAAAACCAUAAAACUGCA